AUGGCCACGAACUGCGACUUCAUCGAGCAGCCAGUAAAGCAGCAGCCGUUGGCCAGUGCAGCAGUCAUGGGCGUCCAGGAUGACAAGGUGCAGGAGCCCAAGGAGCUGCCGGAUGAGCCGGCGAAGCAGCCAGACGGCCAUCCAUACCAGCAAUUCGCUGGCGAGGAUAGCUUCGAAUGCGCCUUCGAGUCGACCAUGGACGAUCUGGAGCAGGGUGUUCUGGAUGGCUACGAGUCGGACUCGGAGGCGAGUGCCAAUGACCAGAUCACCGAUUCCGCCUCCUCCGGCAGCCUGGGCCAAGUGGCCCAGCAGCAGCAGCGGGAGGAGCGAUUGAGGGGCUUGCCGGGUCCACUUCAUGGCCAGCACAUCGAUUCCGAGAUGCUCAAGUGCUUGCCGAGAUCGAACUCCUUCGACUUCCACAGCAGCAGUGGCAGCAGCUCGGAUGACGAGGACGAUCCGGAUGACGACGACGAUGAAGUUCACCACAGCCUGGGGCUCAGCCUCAGCGGGAAGUUUGUCAAGGUCGAUCUCUAUUCGGGUCACCAAAGACCCGGCUAUCUGCUACCUCCCUACAUCGAACGACGCCGCUUGUCGCAGUGCAAGGAGGAGGAUGACGAGGAUGAGGGCGACAGGACCCAGCUGGGCGGAGGCUCCUCCUCCACGGGAGAGUCAACCAAAUCCGAAAAAGCUUCGAAGGCGCCACCAAGACCACCCACGCCGCAGGAUGAGGCCUCCAAGGAGAAGUUCAAGGACCUGGAGCGGCUGCGGCAGCAGUUUAUGCACAAGAUCGAUAGGAUCAAUACGCGAAAUAUCGAGGAGAGUGAGGCACCGCCGCCACCACCUCCACCGCCGCCUCCCAUACCAGCCACGAUUCUACCAAAGGCGCUGAAGGCGCUACUGCACACCCAGGAACCAGUGGCGCCUCCUUCCCGUCCAUCUCCAGUUGCUCCACCAAGUCCUGCACCCACUUCCAGCGAUAUUGUGGCAAAGGAAACGCCGGUUCCUGUAACACCAGAGCCCGUUUCCCCUCUGCCGCUGCCCACGGAGCCGCCGCUGAUCAUCAAGGGCAAGUUUAAGGUCUCACUCGCCCAGGAGACACCCGAACUGCGAGUCGAGGCCCAGAAGCUGAGCAAACUGAAGGCCAGCUCGAAUGCCCACACCAUCAGCUUUCCCUCCAGCUUCGGAGGCUACUCCUCGGUGCAGGGACUGUUCUCCCAGCGAUAUGGCUCCAAUCGGUUUCCCACCGCCGCUCCCCACCUGUCCAAGCAGUUCUUCGAGCCAUCGCUGGUGGAGAUUCGCACGCCGGCCCAGAGCAACGUGGCGCUGAAUACGACUGGGCUGGCCAACAGCAAUCACCAAAGCCUCACUUGUGAUACAAAUAGUUUAGCCAACAAGCCGCGCACGCCCAGCGAACGGGAGCUGGACGAGAUCUGGAUACGGCGGCAGGACGGUGGAUUGAGUGGCACCACUGCUCCAGGCGCAUCGGGUGCUCCACUUCCUCUGCUCCAGCAGCAGCAGCAGAGAGCCGUCUCCUUGGGUGGGGCGUCCACCAUGCCCCGUUUGCUGAGGAGCGAAAGCAGUGCCUCCACCACCAGUCCAUCCCGCCAGCUGACCAACUCGGGAUCCGUCUCCGUUUCCGUGUCCGAUGAUGAGCAGGAUGGCAGCCUCAGAGAAGCCGGCCGGUUGCCAGGAUCCCGACCCUCCAGCGCCCCCGCAGAGCCAAAUGCCAAGGCGGCCAAGAAGGCCUACAAGAAGAUGGAAAAGGAGCAGCGUCGCCAGGAGAAGGAGCAGUCGCGACGGGAAAAGGAAGCCCGGAAGCUGGAGCGCGAGACGGCGAGAAGGAUCGAACGCGAGGCGGCCAAGCUGGAGAAGAUCAACAGGCACAGCGAGAAGAUCUCACGCAGCACGGAGCGCAUGGCCAUGGCGGGUGUGGGAUCGCGGUCCGGUUCGCUGGAGCGGAGGCGAAGCGGCGAGGACUCGCCCGUGCUCAAUCAGUCGACGGUGCACGGCAUAGCGUCACCCAACCGAAGGCCCACGAUAUUCGACGUUUUCCGCCCGCGUGCGAAAUCCGAUGCGAAGCGGCAGAAGGAGAAGCACCUGUUGGAUCCCUCCUCCGCCGACAGCAGCGCCACCAGCAGCACCUACUCCGUUUCCGGCGGCACAGGCCCGGCCACGGGCUCGGCAGCAGCCGGAACAGCAGCAGCAGGUCCGGGCGCCGCGGGAGGAGCCGGUGGCCUUAUGAACUCCAUGAAGGUGGCCAUGCAGAACUUCAGCCAUCGCCAGCAUCCCGCCGUGACGAUAACGAGCGCCGACGGCACGCAAUCGACGGCAAAGAGCAAGUACAAAGACGGCAGUGCCCAUCCGCAUCAAGGCAGCGACGCGCAAUAUUACCACACGGUGACGGCGGUGCGUCCAAACUCUUCCCAGCGGUCGCCGAUGACCAAGGUCAUGGAUCUGUUCCGGCAUCGAUCCAGCUCGGUUGUCAGCGAAGCCGACAAACGCAAAGCGCGCGCGGCGGCGCAUCAGCAACAAUUGGCUGUGCAAAGUGCUCACAUGCGUCGUGCCUCCGCGGAUUUGGAAAAACGUCGUGCAUCAGUUGGCGCCGCAGGUCGAGGUCUGCGAGGGGAUGGUACUUUGGAUCCACACCAUGCAGCCAUCCUCUUCAGAGACUCACGAGGGUUGCCUGUCGCUGAUCCGUUCCUAGAGAAAGUAAAUCUAUCAGACCUGGAGGAGGACGACUCACAGAUCUUCGUGAAGUUCUUUCGUUUUCACAAGUGCUAUGAUCUGAUACCCACCUCCGCCAAGUUGGUUGUCUUCGACACCCAGCUCCUUGUAAAGAAGGCCUUCUAUGCCCUGGUCUAUAACGGUGUGCGAGCGGCACCACUCUGGGAUUCGGAGAAGCAACAGUUCGUGGGCAUGCUAACCAUCACGGACUUUAUCAAGAUCCUGCAAAUGUAUUACAAAUCGCCAAAUGCGUCCAUGGAGCAGCUGGAAGAGCACAAACUGGACACGUGGCGAAGCGUGCUGCACAACCAGGUGAUGCCGUUGGUCAGCAUUGGACCGGAUGCGUCCCUCUACGAUGCCAUCAAAAUUCUCAUCCACAGCCGCAUACAUCGCCUGCCCGUCAUCGAUCCGGCGACCGGCAAUGUCCUUUACAUCCUGACACAUAAACGCAUACUUAGGUUCCUCUUCCUAUACAUUAAUGAAUUACCAAAGCCCGCGUACAUGCAAAAGAGUUUGCGCGAACUGAAGAUUGGCACCUAUAACAACAUCGAGACCGCCGACGAGACGACGAGCAUCAUCACGGCCCUCAAGAAAUUUGUGGAGCGACGAGUCUCAGCCCUGCCCCUGGUGGAUUCCGAUGGUCGCCUCGUUGACAUUUACGCAAAGUUUGAUGUGAUUAAUCUCGCCGCCGAGAAAACCUACAACGAUCUCGAUGUUUCGCUGCGCAAGGCCAACGAGCACCGGAACGAGUGGUUCGAGGGCGUGCAGAAGUGCAAUCUGGACGAGUCGCUGUACACGAUCAUGGAGCGAAUCGUCCGCGCCGAAGUACAUCGACUGGUGGUGGUCGACGAGAACCGCAAAGUGAUCGGCAUCAUCUCGCUGUCCGAUAUCCUGCUCUACCUUGUCCUGCGACCAAGCGGUGAAGGCGUCGGUGGCUCGGAGAGCUCAUUGCGUGCGUCCGAUCCCGUUCUGCUGCGCAAAGUGGCUGAGGUGGAAAUACCAGCGACAGCCGCAGCGUCGACGACAUCAACCCCGCCUCGCAGUCCAUCGGCCGGAUCCGGCAAUCGCAGCCUGAUCGAGGACAUACCCGAAGAGGAGCCGACGCCGGCGAGGAGCGACGAUGCCGACAGUGAUAACAACAAGUCCGCCAGUGAGGAUAAAGCCAACAACAACCAGCACGACCAGACGACGACGGCUGCGACAGCUAAUGGUGAUAGCAACAACAGCCCCGUAGAAGUGUCCUUUGCCGAUGAGGCGCAGGAAGAAGAAGCUGCCGACCAGGUCGAGCGCAGCAAUUGUGAUGAUGAUGACCAGCCAGCGCUAGCGGAGAUUGAGCGCAAGAAGGCAUCGAUGGACGACGACGAGGACGAUGGGCUGAGCAGCGCCGUGUCCGCUGCCUCCGCUUUGGGCCAAUCACUGACGCCCGCGGCGCGAGAAAUGGCGUUGGUUAGUGAAUAAACCUAAACCUACACCUUAACACUUAAUUUAAACUUAUGCUAAAGAGAUACAGCUGUUACAGAUACAAAAGAAAAAAAAACAAUUGCUAAACAAUAACUAUGAACCCAAAAACACAACAUUAAUGAUAAAGCAGAGAACAUUAUAUUUGAAUAUUAAUAUUUGUUAAGGAUAUUAAUGGGUAAAUGGAGGUUAUAUGAAUAGUAAUGAGAAGCUUAAUAUCUCAUAUUAAUAUCCGCGGACAUAGCAACUUUGAUUGGAGUAAAAAUCUUUUUGGAUUGAGACGUCAACGAUGUGGGUCUCUUCACAUAGCUCUGGGCUUGGCCCUGUUCCAUAUUGAGGAUUUCCAUAUAUAUGGAUUUAAGCGAUCAUGGCCAUCUCAUGUUGUUAAUAUUGAAGGAAUUUUCGGUUGUGUGGAUAAAUGCUGCGCACCGCAGCAAGAUAGGUACUAUGAAGGGAUAAUUUCAGCUAUGACUUAAAUCCGAGAUUCCUUAAGGAUGGAGCUAAACUUGAUAAUUGGAAUGAUCAACUUUUUAUUGAUAAGUUUCUUUCCAAAACAAAUUGCACCUUCAAACUACGAUAUCACUGUGUAUUCUGCAGACAAAAUAGAUACUACGAAGGAUAAUAUCUGAUAUAAAGUGAUUGUAUUGUUCAGCUAUGAUUCUUAUAUUGUCAGCUAAAAAUCAUUACCUAUUUUAAUAUGUUUUAAGAAAACACAUUCUACUUCUGCCAAAUCAAAGGAUGUUCCUGAAAUCAAAGGGUACUGUGUUGUGCAGAUAGAGCAGAGGGAUACUAACGUUCCUGAAGUUGCCUUAGCUGGUGAUGUUACAGCCGGAUGCAAUUUUUCUUAAUGGAGUAUCGAUAAAUUCUGUGGCAAACGUUGUAUAGGAAUGUAGUCAAUAUUCCAACUCAGGGUGAAGGGGCAAAUUCAACCUCGGAUUUGUCCUGUCCAACAGUGCAUGGGAUCUCGUAUGAGCAAUCAAUGUGCGACAUUGUGCACAGAUACCAACUUCACAAUCAAGACAAUUCCCACAGGUUCGAAAGCCUUGGGUUAAAGAAUGCCUAUAGAAAUAUAAUUCUUUCCUUGGAUAUUCUUUCACUGGUCAUCGGGAGGAGCAUGGUAAAAAGAGCUGAAGAUAUCCAAGACGAAAAUGUUUGGCAUGGGUCCUGCCUAUUGCAUGUGAGUAUGUAUGGGCUGCCAGGAGCUGUGGAUUGACCAACGAUUUAUGCAAGGCAAAUAACAGUACAUGUCUUGUUGAGUUAAGCCUUCUGGAUAUAAGAGAUAUUCUUAAAUAUUCAGAAGAAUCAAGGGAAUAGAAGCUGUACAAUAAGACCUUAAGAAUUUGAUUAGAGACAAUAUGGCGAUACUCCCGAUGUUUCAACAGCCAUUAUACACAAAACUGAACCUUUUUCCAAUAUUAGCACCAUGGCCAUAUUUCGAAAUUCCACAAGGAUGUUUAUCUUUAAGAGGGAACUGGGUCGAGUCCGGUUUAAAGUUUUAAAGUUUUUGAAUACACUUGGUAAUGAAGGGUUCAAAAUGAAAGAUAUGUCAAGAGUUGUUAGCUGUCUAAUAAAAUGAUUACUAGAUUAAACAA